AUGAAACCAGUAUACUUUGGACCCCCAAAACCAUUAGACCCUGAAGAAUGGUGGGGUCAUGAAGAUUUACGAUCAAAUCAGGAUACUAGUAUAAGACCAUUCAAGAUCAAUUUUACUACUGAGAUGAUAAAGGAUCUCAAAUCCCGUCUGUCGAACCACCGUAAGCCGGCCCCCGGUCUGGAGGGCGCGGCGUUCAGUUACGGGUUCAACAGUGGCCGGUUGUCGUGGUGGACUCAGUACUGGUCGGAGAAGUACCCCUUCAGUGACCGGGAGCAGUUCCUCAACAGUGUGCCGCAGUACGUCACUAACAUACAGGGGCUGGACGUGCACUUCAUCAGGGUCAAGCCUAAGGUUUCCAAAGAAGUCACCGUUGUUCCUCUCCUACUGCUUCACGGCUGGCCUGGCUCUGUGAGAGAGUUCUAUGAGGCGAUACCACUCUUGACGAAAUAUUCUGAUGACCACGAAUUCGUUUUCGAGGUCAUUGCCCCCAGUUUACCUGGAUUUGGAUUUUCACAGGCCUCAAUUCGCCCUGGGCUAGGACCGUAUCAAAUGUCAAUGAUCUUCAAAAAUCUCAUGAAACGUUUGGGUCACGAGAAAUUCUACAUUCAGGGAGGAGACUGGGGAGCCGUGAUAGCAAGUGCAAUGGCUACAUACUACCAGGAAAAUAUACUUGGAUAUCACUCAAACUUGUUGUUUGUUCUUAACGGCUGUUCUAUGAUCAAAACAUUAGUCGGAGCUGUUCUACCUUCACUAGUUGUGGAGCCCGACCUCGCCUCUAGAAUGUAUCCUCUAUCAUCAUAUUUAUCUUUCUUGAUGGAAGAAUCAGGAUACUUUCAUUUACAAGCGACUAAACCUGACACUAUAGGUAUCGCACUAUCAGAUUCCCCUGCCGGCCUUUUGGCGUAUGUAUUGGAAAAAUUUUCAACUGGUACUAUGAAAUCAAACAAAUUUCUUGAAGAUGGAGGCCUUUCACUAUCUUACACGAAGGAACAACUUAUUGACAACCUCAUGAUGUACUGGAUCUCAAACUCAAGUAUAACAGCAUCAAGAAUUUAUAUCGAAUUCUUUCAGAUAGAUAACAUUUUAAUGGUUCUGGACAAAACACCAACGAAAGUACCAACUUGGGCUCUUCAAGCAAAAAAUGAAAUUAUAUACCAACCGGAGAAUAUAUUGAGAUUGAAAUAUGAAAAUCUUCUAGGUGUUACAAUACUUGAAAAUGGAGGUCACUUUAUAGCUUUGGAGAAAUAUGAAGAAUACUCACGUGACUUGUAUAGAGCUGUUACAGCUUUUAGAGAUUAUCAUAGAAGAAAUCAUUAA